GUCUUGCCUGCCACUGACGUGAAGCACAGGACGGGACGCUGGACGCUGGACGCUGGAGCUCCCGCAGAGUUCAAACCCAGCAUCCAUGCGGCUAGUUAUGCCCGCUGCAAGUGGGCUAGCCUGCCUGCCUCUGCCUCUUCGCGAGAGACCGCUCUCGGCGGCCACCUCGAGCAAGACAUCAGUGAGCCAGGACUCGUCCCGUCUUCGUGUCUCGAGCUCGUCUGCCUUUGCCUUGCCUGCGGACGGGCUGAAGGCGCCGAGGUGCUGACGGUACCGUGCCUCACCUCCUUCAGAAAACACAGACGCUGGAAUGAAGACCGUGCCGGCCCGGAUGCUGGAUUAAAUCCACACUCCCCUCGUCCUUUUUCCCAUCCGUUCCAGGUUUCGACCGCCGGCCCAUCAACCCAGAACCGACUUGCUAUUGCAUCGUCAUUCAUCCCUUCUGUGCUGCCCAUCUCACAGCCCCAGGCCGAGGGUCCAUCAACUUCUGCCGCUUUGCCCCCAAAAGGAGAAGAGGCCCCCAUCCAUCCGUCCAUCAUCAACUCUUGA